AUGGAAGAAAAGGGUGGAGAGGCAGGAGAUGAUCAGGGCUCUGGAUGGCUGCAAGUGAAAAAGAAGCAUAGAAGCAAUUCAAAGUUUUCUUUCCAAGGAUGGGUGGGAGGACUCUCUAGGAAACAGAAUUCAAACAUUAUAGUCCAUGAGCCUUGUAAUGUACAACACGUGACUUCAAAUGUUAGCUCUAGUGAACUGAUUUCAAGAAACAAGGACUCCCCUGCAUCUGAUUCGGAUGCUUCAAAUAAUACUCAAGUCCCUACUAAAGAUGAGAAGGGUGUGAACUACCUUGAUAAGCGUGUAGUUAGCCAUGCUGAUGAUCAUAAAACCAGUCAUGAUCCAGAGCUUCCUCAAAUCGAUAAUCUUGAUGUUUUUCCAAAGAUUAAGUGGGGUAAUUUGGAUGAUGGUGCUUUGGUAUCGACUGUCUGUAACACUACUGGGAUUGACAUCAGAUUUGGUGAUAUUGAGGUUACUGAAGAUGAUUCAGCAUCAAGCAUGCCACUUUCUACUGAACCCGUGAGGGAAAUUGUGCCAACCAUUGAAGAAGGCGCAAAAUCUCGGGAAUUUGAAGAGGUGAAGGAGGUAUCCUCAGAAGAGGUCAAAGUCGUUAGUCAAAGUGAUGAUGUUUCUCAAGAACUCGAUACGGGUUUAAAGAUUGAAAAUCUUGAAUCACAGGGAUCAGAAACUCUUAAAAAUUCAACCUUUUUGAAAGAUACCGAUACAACUACCGAGAUACCUAAAGAUUCUACCCCGAUUGAAAAUUCUGAUAAUAAAGAAACUACUUCGAUUCUCAAUGACUUAUCAGAAGUUCAGAUUAUGAGUGCAAUUGGACCCGGUGAAAUUGAAGCUGGGGAGAGUAAAGAACGGUUUCGCCAACGACUUUGGUGCUUUCUCUUUGAGAAUCUUAACCGGGCUGUUGACGAACUGUAUCUUCUAUGUGAACUAGAAUGUGAUAAAGAUCAAAUGAAAGAAGCUGUUCUUGUUCUUGAAGAAGCAGCAUCCGAUUUCAAAGACUUGAGUUCAAGAGUCCAAGAAUUUGAAAAAGUCAAAAAGUCAUCCGAUAUUCCACCAAUCACCAUGAAGUCCGAGCAACGAAGACCACACGCACUCUCAUGGGAGGUUCGGCGUAUGACAACCUCACCACACCGGGCCGAAAUACUGUCUUCAUCUCUCGAAGCUUUCAAGAAAAUCCAACAAGAACGAGCCUCCAUGAAUAAAGAUUCUAAUAAAACCGGGUUUCUUGAUUUGAAUAAACGCUCCACAAGAACCGAUAGAACAAGUAAUGCUAAAGAACAAGUGAAACGAACCGGGGUUGCAAUAAAAAAGAACACCGACCCGGGAAAGAACAAGAAAGAAACAACCGGAAACCGAGAAACCGGGCCCACGUAA